AUGGCGGACCCCGAGCUCCAGGCGCUCGUGCACCCGCACCCCUGCCGGCCGCUCCAAGUCCGCGCUGCCGAGCUCAUACGUGAGGGCGUCGGGAUCUACCUAGCGCCCCCAGUCGACGAGCUGGACAUUACACAUGAGCUUGGCUCGACGCUGUAUGCGCUGCACAUUGUCGAACGGCACGACCGGGCGCGGGGCAGUGCACGCGCUGCAGCCUUCCGCGCAUCCGAGAGCGUGCGUACUCGCGCCGCAUUGCGCGACCACGCACUCGCAUGUCUUGAUGCUGCGUUGGAAUAUGUUAGCGCGCCGGGGGACGAGUUGAAGGACGAAGACGACGACGAUGUGCUCCUCAUCUCGCGCCCACUUCCCGUCAACGAGCGGUAUACAACCAUCGCCGCCCUCCUCUCGCACCACACGACACCAGGCGCCGUCAUCGCGCACCCGCUCAUCCGCGCCGCUCUGCCCCGCGCGUGGUCCCGCUCCAGACGGAGCCAGAGUGCGCCGAUCCGCACCGUCCGCGCCCUUCUCGACCAUGCCAUCACGCCAGCGCGCGCCCACGUCUUCGAGCUCGCGUCCCACCUUGUCUUCAUCGCACUCACCCUCGUCACCGCCCUCGUCCCAGACAUCGACGUGGGCGGCGACACGUCGGAAGCAACCACCAUCGUGUGGAUCGUCUGGUCCUGGGCCUUCCUGAUGCACAUCCUCGUCGACGCGAUUAACCGCAGACGCGGCCCGAGCUCGACGGCCCACCUGUUCCUCAUGCUCCCGGCCUGCGUGUCGGGUGUGCUCAUGCCCGGCAUGCCCGGUAUGAGCCGCAAAACCACCCAGUUAGGGACCUUGCUCCGCUGCAUCUCGAUCCCGUGUUCCGCCCUCGCGAUCGUGACCCCCUCUGGACCAUCCCUGCCGUUCCUCUUCCCAUCCCGCCUCCUCCCACUGUCCAUCAUGCUCGCGGGAAUCCUCGCCCGCGGUGCAAAGGCCGCGGCGCUCCUCGUCCCCCUCGCCGGCGGAUUGUGGGCUCUCUACGCCUAUGCCCUCAAUGGCAACGUUUGGCGCGCUGGCCCCAACGCUGUUCCCAGCGCCAUCGAGAUGGCGUCCACAGCGUCUGAAGCCGUAAGGGGUUUCAUGAAGCGCGACUUGUCAGCUCAAGGCGGCGGCCCGAUCGAGGUCGGCGCCGCGCCUUUCGAGACCCGCGUUGCCCUGCUGGUCACACUCGUCCUCGUUAUCAUCCUCUCUGGCGCGCUGUCCAUCCUCCGAGCUAUGGCGCCGUCCAACGAGCUUCAUGACGGGACUUGGGAGGCCGAGUACGGGGCAGCCAUUGGACACGCAAGCCGGCGCGCCCUCGCCGCCGGCGUCGCGCGAUACCUGCCCCCGAGCAGCGACAGUAUCCCGCCUCCAGUGCCCCUGCCAAUCCCACUCAACAUCCUCGUACUACCCUUCGACGCUCUCGCGGGCGCUUUCCGCAUCCUCCGCCAUGGCAAGGAGCCGCCGUACACUAUCCGCGCGGUCCGCGGAGGUAUGGGCCUGCUCAUUGUCGCCAUACCCUGCCUCGUGCUCGGUCCCAUUGCCAUGUUCCUACCGCACUGGUAG